AUGAAGGUUUCUGUUGCAAGUCAGAAAUAUUUGGCUUGGUUCGGUGUGCAGGAGAAGGUCCAAGUGGAAAUGUCAACGACCUAUGGAGAGAAAAAAAUAGGAGACUAUCGUGUUGAUGGUUUUGUGGCACCGUGCACAAAAUACCCUAAAGGCCUCAUCAUAGAGUUCUUUGGUUGCUACUAUCACGGCCACAAGUGCAGAUACUCAGAGAACUCGUUCAUCGGCGAAAAACGCGUUGGAGACAUACGAGAAAAGGAUGAAAAAAGAAUCAAAGAGCUGGAAAAACACCAUCCUGUCGAGGUGGUAUGGGAGUGCGAAAUGGUCAAAAUAAUGAAAAAGGAUCAAGAUAUGAGAGAAUUUUUCGAAAGCUACGAACCUGCGGUAAGACAAACAUAAGAAAGACAUUUGAUUAAAUUUUUCAAUUUUAGGGUGUGUUACAAUGCGAGAAAGCUUUGGUUGGAGGACGAACAGAAGUGUUCAGAUUGUUCAAGGACAAUGUGAGGAGGAUUUUGAGAUAUCUAGAUGUCGUGAGUCUGUACCCUACGGUGAUGAAGCAUGAAGCCUACCCGAUCGGCCCCCCGGAGAAUGUAAACCAAAAGGACAUUCCUGUACCCAUGACACGACCCGGAGAUCUCAAUUUUCGGGGCUUCAUUAGCUGCAAGAUCAUAGCACCACGGAAUCUAAAGCUGCCUGUCCUCCCCUUGAAAUUCGCCAAAAAACUCCUUUUCGCGCUCUGUCGAAAAUGUGUGAAAGAACAGAACAAACACACAUGUACCCACACCGAUGACGAAAGGUCUUUCAACGGAACUUUCACAACGAUCGAAGUACAGAAGGCUUUGGAGAAGGGAUACAAGGUGAUUCAUGUUUAUCAUGGUGUUCGCUAUCUUCAAUGGGCACAAAUGGAUCCACAAACAGGACAAGGAGGUCUUUUCACAUCGUACAUCAACCAAAUGAUGGAGGAAAAGAUUGUAAGUCUCUGAAAAUCCGCGAACACAAAAUAAAAAAUUUUUUAGUACUCUUCUGGGUGGCCUGCGCAUGUGAAAUCUGACGAGCAAAAGAAAGCAUACGUGGAGGAUUACCGUGAAAAAGAACAAAUAUUCUUGAACGAUUUGUCCCGCUUCGUUGAAAACCCGGGAAAACGUGCUGCUGCAAAACUGAUGCUAAAUUCGUUGGUAUGUUGAAAUAAAGGGACCAUAUUCUCAAAUAGUCCUUUUUUUCAGUGGGGAAAAUUUGCACAAAAGGUGGAUCGUACCAACACAUCUAUUUUCACCAGCAUGCCCGAGUUUUGGAAAAUGUUUGAUGACAAAUCAGUCAUCAUGCAGUCCGCACGUUUUGUCAACGAUACUAUAAUUGUUGAGCACUCAAAGGAGGAAGAAGCAUUGGAAAGCCUUAGAACCUCAGCCAUUCAUUUGGCCGCGUACACCACGUCCCACGCACGUCUCCGUCUCUACCGUUUCAUGGAACUUGUUGGCGACGACAACAUUGUUUAUACUGAUACGGACUCCAUCGUAUAUGCAAUCCCGGAAGGGGCCGACGAUCCAUUACACCAGUUUGAGGGACCAUACCUUGGCCAGCUCACUGAUGAAUUGGCAGGAACCAUGACCGAAUUUGUCACUAUCGGACCAAAAACGUACGCAUACAAGGAGACACUGCCUGAUGGAACAGAAAAGGUUUAUUUGAAAAUAAAACAAAUUUUCAAUAAAAUUCUAAAUUUAGGUUGUGCGCAAAGCCAAAGGGUUCUCCCUCAACACGCAGGUUGACAAUCUGAUCACUUUUGAUUUGAUGAAGAAAAUGGUUGAAGAGGUAUUGGAUGAUUGUGAUCAGAAAUGUACGGCACAAGUUCCUCAAUUCACAAUGAAGAGGGAUAAAGAACACAACGUGUACGCUAAAACAUUCUUGAAAAAGUUCCAAUUCACGUUUAACAAAAGACGUGUGAUGGCUGACGGUUCUACUCUUCCUUUUGGUUUCUGUGAUUAGCUUCCCCAUUGUUUGAGCAUCCUUUAUCAUGUUUUCCUUUAAUUUUCCGGUUUUCGAGAUUUUCUAGCAAAAUUUCCAAAGAUAUCCCUGUUUUUCGAAAUGUUACGCUUGUUUGUUGCUUUCUUGGAGUUUCCAAUAAAGUUGCAUAAUAUCUAAUACGCGAGAAAACAGACGGUAAAAAUCAGUUUGGGCGACCUUGUCUCUCAUUUCUAUCUUCUCUCUCCCACAAAAAAUGGUCAGAUUGGCUUGGCAAAGUACAAUGCUAAUUGUUGGACCCAGCGGACAAGGAAAAAGCACUCUGGCCCGCCAAAUUGUUGAACAGCGUAACACUAUAUUUGAUGCAAACAGCAAGGUGGUCUUUUGGUACUAUGAUACUUUUGAAAGUGUUCCCAACUCGUUGAAAAACCGCCCCGACAUUUUACUACGUGAAGGUCUACCAAACUUGGAGGAACUGAAGAAAUACAAGGAUCAGCAAGCUUUGAUUGUAAUCGACGAUUUAAUGACAAAAAUCGAUCAAAACUCUGGAAUGGAGCGCUUAGUGUCAGUUUUGGCUCAUCACUACAACAUGACCAUCAUUUUCCUUCUUCACACGAUUUUUUACUCUAAAGUGAUUAGAAACCUCAGAUUGCAAGCAAGCUAUAUCAUUUUGUUCAAAAAUAACUCGGACAAGUCUAGUGUACGUUGUUUGGGAUCACAACUAAUGCCCGGCGAAUGCAAAACUUUUCUCUCCAUUUAUACCGACGCAACUUCUCAACCCUACACUUAUUUGCUAAUUGAUCUUCACAAGAAUUGUCCUGAAGAGCUACGUUAUAGAGACAAUCUCUUACCUAACAAAAUCACUCAUGUCUUCACUCCCAAGUAACAUGCCUCAAUGGGAUUUGGAUACUCUUCACACAAUUCUGGACAUUUGCCACAAAAAGGAUGUGAAUCUACGUAAAGAAUUGAUUAGAACAGUUCCUGAUGAUGUCAUCAUCUGCAUGUCUGACCUAAUUUACAAGACUGUAAAUCGAAAAAUUCCCGUUUCACGCGCAAAUGUUGUGAAAAUACGCGACGAAUCAAGUAAUUUGCGACAUUUGGCUAGAAUUGACAAUAUUGAUGAAACUAGAGACUAUUUGGUGCAGAAAGGAGGAUCCCCAAUCGUUGCUCUAUUACCUGUUUUGAUUUCUGCCGCAUCAGCCAUUCUCGAACAUGUCCUACGGUAAAUAUGUGCUUCUAUCUCUCGAAGAACACCAAGACCUUGUCGCAAAUAAGAAAGGUGAUCAAGACCUUGUGGGUGAGUUGAUAAAAGCGCCUAUGGAUAAUGAUUCAAAAGUUGCUCACCUUCAAAACCACAUUAGUACCAAUGUAAAGAAAAGGCUUCACGAAGAUGAGCAAAAUCAAGAAAAAACUAUACAAACCCCACAAACUGUCCUUCAUACUGAGAAACCACCAAAACUACCGAAAGUGCACCUUUCUAUUGACAAUACCGAACAAAUCAGCUACGAUGAUGAUGACGUUUUUCCUCCAAUGUCCCCACGAAAUAUCAACGAUAAUGUCACUUUUACUGAACCUAUAUCAAAAACGCCAAAACUGGUGAAAGAAGAAAAUAUUACACCGCAACAUGCAAAAGAAGCCUUGAUGAAACAUUUUUCACACCACAAGGAUGUUUUUCGAGUGGACAACACUUCUGGCGGCACAUUUUAUGUUAGAGGUCACGCUGUGAAGCACCCUAUAGGUCGUAUUCUUGACGAUUAUUCAUCUGUAAACAGUUACCAAAGACGCUUAUCAGAAGGGCCUAUGAUCACAGCGGCUCUUGAAGAAACUGGAUUUCCAGACAAGUACAUUUUGAAUAAAAAACGGAAGUAUCCCGAACGGAAGAGUUCCCGAAUCAUUUCAAGAGCAGCCAGCAACAAUUUAUGAAUGGAAAUUGAUUCUCAAGUCCUUGAUAAACUCUACCACGAUCCAAAACAUGGCUUGCGUGGUGUUUCCCAACUAUUUCGGCAAGCAAAAAAGAUUUACCCACACAUUCGGAGGCAAGAUGUCGUGAACUACCUUCACUCAAAUGAUGCUUACACACGUCACUUUCAUAAAACUAGAAAGAUCAAGCACAAUGCGUGGGUUGCUACCGGCCCGGACAGUCACCACAUGGCCGAUUUGGCAAUUCUUCAAAGUCUGAAGGCUCACAACAAGGGGUUUUGCAACAUUUUGGUGGUUGUUGAUGUUUUUUCUCGCUACGUUUUCGCUCGGCCACUGAAAAACAAAGAAUGUUCCACAGUCACCAAAGCAUAUGAAGAUAUUUUGAUCAAGACUCUACGGAUCCCCAGUAGGUUGUAUACUGACAAAGGUGAUAGAGAUUGUAUAAUCUUUCCAAAAUUUUCUUUCCAGGUACCGAGUUUAUGGGCAAGACCUUUCGUAGCUUUGUCAAAACUCUAAAUAUUUGUCAUUUGAACCCGAAAAACACCAACGUGAAGGCUUGCUAUGCUGAGAACGCUAUUAUGCGCAUCAAAAACAAACUUGAAAAACAUUUUACCAGUUCGCAAAGCUACGACUGGAUCAGUGUUUUGGAUGAAGUUGUGGAGGGUCUCAAUUCUACAUAUAUGGAUUCCCUUGGAACUGCUCCCGAUAAAGUUAAAUGGGAAAAUGCAGAAAAAAUUUGGCACCGACUUUACGGAGGUGGUGUUGCAAGGGUGGCAAAGUUCAAGGUUGACGAUACUGUUCGUGUUUUGUUGGAAAAUUCGCCAUUUGCCAAAGGAACUCGGGCAAAAUGGAGUGAAGAAAUCUUCAAAGUUGUUAAAAUCAUCAAUUAUGAUAACCCAGUCUACAUUUUGGCCGAUACAUUGGAAAGAGAAGUAGAUGGUAUCUGGUAUGAAGAAGAGAUGAUUUUAUACAACAAACCUGAUAAUGUCUAUGAUAUUGAUAAAAUUAUCAGAAAACGUACUAGAAAGGGUAUUCGUGAAUGUUUUGUUAGUUUUAAAGGUUAUGACUCUUCUUUCAAUUGUUGGAUCCCUGAAUCUAAUUUUUUGUGAAUAAAUGGAUAAUCUCAACUGGACGUGUGGUAAUACAAACUGUUCAAAAGCGCUUAUUGUGUUUUGUUCACAAGUCUUCAUCAUUUACGCAGUGUGUUUCGUGGCACUAUUCAAAAUUUGUUCGGGACCUCCAAACGAUCAACAACAGUGGUUAACGAUUCUUGGCUCCUGUAUCGGAUAUCUUCUACCAAACCCCAAAAUCAAGUGAUGAGUUUUUAUGUUACUCUUGUGAGCAAUGCUCAAAAAAACUCUACAAUUUCAAACUUCUCGACCCAAUUACCAGCUACACUGUUUUUUGACCGUGAAUAUGAGGUUGGUCUUUCUUCCAUCAUUUACCCGGGAUCUCACGACCUCAUAUCUAAUUUUGCUGAGGAGGAUGGAACGCGCGAGAACGAGUUUAAAAUUUUGCAUAAAAAUGUGGAGAUAAAAGGCAAACUACCAAAUUGUUCCUUUUCUACCCCCGAAGAACUUGUCGCCAUUAUGAACGAUAGUUUCAAGAAAACAAUGAUGACUUCUUUCAACAUACCAAAUGAACACAAUUAUGAUCUUUUCAAAUAUAAUUCUGUUUUGAAACGAAUUUGUGUUGAAAAUGUUGAAAACGUCAAACAGGUUCAUUUUUCUGCAAGAUUGAGCUAUUUUUUGGGAAUUGACCGGAUUCUGACGGAAUUCCCAACAACUGGACAGUAUUCUACAUUUUCCGGAUCUGAUCUCAUGUACAUUUAUGCUGAAGGAUUGGUGGAACCGCAGAUGAUUAGCCAUAUAAAGGCGCCGCUUUUGAAGGUUAUUAGCAUAAACUCAGGAAACGGAGCAAACAUCGAAAAAUCCUUUGUAAAACCACUAUAUGUCAAAGUUCGGCCUAGUGAAGUGAACCGUGUCUCCAUCCAGAUUAAAAACGAUCGAGAUCAUUUCAUUCCUUUCAACUCUGGAAAGAUUGUGCUCGUUCUCCACUUCCGACCAAUCAAGUUUUCGUUUGAUGGCUGAUCGUGUUCGUCGUGUGUGUUGUUUCAAUUCACCUCUACUACCAUGCUUGUUCACUUUGACCCUGACAAUUCUAUUGACUGGAUCAAUUUUUUCGAAAAUGGGACAAAUCAAGUGGGUUCCAGUGGAUUUCGGGCCGGGAGCAUUUAUCAACGAGGAAAUGGCCCGUUUUCUCAAUUACUCGGAAAACUCUUCAUUUCCGCUGUCCCUGUUCUAAAACGUAUGGGUCUAUCGGUGGGUCAAGAAUUGAUGGACUCAUCACUUCGUGUUGCAAACGACCUAGUGGCUGGUGACUCUUUUAAACGGUCUCUAUCCAAAAACGCUUCAAAUUCCUACAAUACUCUGGUAAACCGUGCAAUUGGAAAAAUUGGACAAUCUGGUGGUCGUCGUCGUCGGAGGAAGACACCCCGCAGAAAAGGAACAAGUAAGAAUACACACCAAAAGGUGAGAAAAGUUCGAAGAAAACAAACAAAAAAACGAAAAUCAACAAACCGUCGUCGAAAACUUCCAAAAGCAUCCCGCAGGAAACGGUCACUCGCCAAAUCAUCUUCGAAAAAGAGUGACAUUUUUGGAUCAUGGCCAAACUAAUUGAUAACAAGAGCACACCGUGUGCUAGUGCAAACAUCUGUUUAUUUGAUACCCCACCAAGCCAGGUAGCUUACAACAAGGGAACAUGGAUGACCUUUUCUCCGUCAAACCCAGUGGAUUCUAAAGGACCAUACACAUUCAACAUUUUUGAUAGUGCCCACUUUUUCCAACUCGGUAAAACAUACCUCACAUUCAAACUAACGCUACGACAACAGUCAUCAUCAAAGCCUGACACUGUUGGAACACUUCCUGUCAUCUCGUGCGCAAAUUUGAUUGGAUCUACUUUUUUCAAUCAGGUCAAGCUAUCCUUUAACAAUGUUUUGGUCUACGAUUCUACCGAUUAUGCGUACAAGGCGUACAUUCAAACUCUUUUGGGUGAAAAUGACGAAACAAAAAACGGUUUUCUGACCGCUGCUGGAUGGGUUCAGGACGGUGACGAUAUUAAAAGUAGCGUUAGCAAACGUGGUAUGAAGAAUGGAAAAACCCUUGAUUUUUGUACACCUCUCCACUUGGAACCUUUUCAAACGGAAAAAUUGUUGGUACCACACAUUAAUAUCCAGCUGACUCUGUAUCGAAACAAGGACGACUUUUGUCUGGAGAGUUCAGACCAACAACCUGAAGGAUUAUUGGAAAUUUCUGACUUGAAACUGCACAUGAGAGCGGUCGAUGUUGUGUCAUCUGCGGCUAUUGCUCUGGAGAAUAGACUGAGAAAGACACCAGCACAGUAUCCGUUUACUGUAACCAAGGUGAAAACUAUUUCAAUUCCUGAAGGUCGCACCGAACUUCCCUUCAAUGUUUUGUAUCACGAUCUCGUCCCUAGGAGAGUAAUUGUUGGUCUCAUUGCCCCUGAAAACGUGAGUGGCGCUUUUGACAAGAAUUGUUUUGAUUUCGCCCACCACGAUUUGUCGGAGAUUCAACUGGAUGCAGGCGGAACAAUGUACCCUCCUCAACCUUUGCAGUGUGAUUUUGAAGGAGGUAAUUAUGCACAAGCUUUCACGAGACUCUACGAAGAAUUGGGAUGUGUUUCUCACAAGACUUGUCCAAACAUUUCUUACAAAAAGUUUAAAAACGGUUUUGCCUUCUACGUUUUCAACCUAAGUCCGCUGGAUGAUACAAAUUCGUGGGAAUUGGUAAAAAGUGGUUGUACUCAGCUUUUCAUGCGGUUUUCCAAGAAAACACCGGCCGGAGGGUUGACAGCUAUCGUUUUGUCACAAUAUGAUGGAAUGUUCUCGAUUGACGGUUUUCGAAACGUGGCUGUAACCCAACAGCACUAGUCCGCUAGUCGCAUUUACACUAAUUAUGCUUCCGGGGACAGGUCGCCCCUUCCGUAUGCCCUCGAGUUGUCCACCACCUCAGCGUGGAGUAAGUUUUUCCAUUUUUUCGCAUAAUAUGUCUUUUUUCAGUAUGUAGACAUUAACUUGGCUUCUCAUUUGUUGAUGCUCACCGGAGCACCGAUUGAUCGCUUGUCUGUCACCAAAAUCCGAGAAUUGAACGAAAAACUGCAAAAUCUUCAAAAAACCAAAGUAUGGAACGGUUGCAACGGUUUAUAUGUUGAUUCGGACGCGGAAUUGAGUUUGUCAGUACUUUUCCUCAAAACUCUUGGAAAUUACGUUUUUCAGGGAUGCCACACCUAAAAACUAUCAUUUUGUGAAUCGUGUGAUUCUUCCUCCUAUCGAUAAGCGACGCUACAUCUCUGUUCGUAGGUACUUUGAGGAAAAAUACAAUAUCACUCUCAAUUACCCCUGUUCUCCAACAUUACGCGACACUGCUGGUCGCAUGUACCCCGUUGAAACUAUUUGGAUGCGUGUUUGUAUUUUUUAGUUUGUUCAUUUAUUUAUUGUGAUAAAUUGCAAGAAAUGUCUUUGACUACUACACAACUGGACACUUUUCUCUCAAAAUGUCGAAUUACACGAAAAAACUUUUGUGGAGUGUUUCCUAGCGAUGGUCAACCAGAUGUCUUGACAAGACCAUGUUCUUUUAUCUGGAAUACAACCCCAAAAGGAACUCCAGGAGAACAUUGGGUCGCUUUGUGGAUAGAUGAUCGAAAUUUUGGUCAUUAUAUGGAUAGUAGCGGAAUGGACCCUCAGAGUGAAUUUGUACACUUUUUCAACAAGAACUGCAUACUUUGGAAAAAAGUGACCCGUUUUCCGGUUCAGGGAUCGUUAUCCGAUGUUUGCGGGUAUUAUUGUAUCUACUUUUUAAUACAAAAAGCAAAGAAACUAGGAAAUAAGCAGAUUAGGAAACCUUUUUCUGGAAACAGGACCAAAAACGAUAUUUUUGUGGAAAAGUGGGUAAAAAACCAUUUGAAAUGUUGUGAAUCUCGGGUAUAUAAACCCCUUGUCUCAAAGGAAACUCAGUUUGCAUGAUCAAUGUUCUCUGAAGCUGUUGAAGUACCACUCCCUUCGGACAAUUCUGAACAUAUGGAUACUAAUGAGAAGAUCUCAACUGUGGUCCCACCACAGGUCCUUCCUUCUCCAACAACGUAUGAUCAUCUGAAAGAAAACACUCAGAAACCUCUACCACCAACCUAUCCACAAAUGUUGCCCUUGUACGAAGAAAAUUUAAAAAAUAUGGUCUUGGUUGGUACUAUCAAAGUCUACAAAGAUGUGCAAGGGGAUCUCCACAUUUCUUCUGGUCAAUAAUUGGUUGAAGUACGGUUUCCUUUUUCAAAUUCAAAUUCAAAUUCAAUUUGUCUUGCGCUGUAUAGGCAAACAGUGGCGGUACCAGUGACUAACUUACGCCAAACACUGAGAAUUUUGGUGUGAAGGGGGUGGAGUGACAAAUUUUUUUCUCAUUUCUCAGAGUGAUGGCGAGAGAAACCAUUUCUUGUCAUUCUUUUUGAAUUUUUGUCUCCCAGUUCUCUAUAAUUUUCCAGCAUUUCCUGCUUUUGUCUCUCUUUUUGUUUACAGAUGUCGAAUCCACCUCCACAACCAAACGAGCUCUAUCUGGUUGUGCCCAAGCUGACCAAGGAGUUUGGAACCAAGAUAGCCGACUGUGUCGCUCCAGGCUGUCUUGGUUGGGGAAGCACCCACUUCGGGGCAUAUUACCACACCACGCCCGAUUGCUGCCCCCAGUUGCACCACCGUGGUCUCCAGAAAACCGUGGCAGAGCGGAUUGUGGAGCUGAAAAGGGAACGCGACAUCGCGAUCAACAACACCGCAGCAAAAGCUCUGGUGAGUACAUUUUCUUUUAAUCUGUUUCUUAUUGUACUGGUUUUAGCCCCCCCUUCGUACCAGCAACAGUCGGUUUACACCAUACGGUAGCCCAACACACCCACAACCAUGUUUCCAAACUCCUGGGGUUGGUCAUCAGAUUUUCCCUCCUCAUCCAUCUGUAUACCAACAAUACGGUAGCCCAACACACCCACAACCAUGUUUCCAAACUCCCGGGGCUGGUCAUCAGAUUUUCCCUCCUCAUCCAUCUGUAUACCAGCAAUAUGGGAGCCCAUCAUUCCCACACCCGUUUCUUCUGAACGCUCUUUCUGCUCUCGCCAUGUCUCCACAUUUUCCAAUGCCCCCAACCCCCCUGUCUUCUCCAAACCGGGCCAAAACUUCCGCUCCAUCCACAUCCAUGGCCCCCAUUUCCGAUCCAACCACGUCUGAUACCGCUUUUGUUCGCAAUACUCCACCGUCUUCCAAUACUUCUCUGGACUCCAAGUCCCCGUAGCUCCCAACACCUCUUCUUUGGCCCAAAAUCUUAAUCUGUCUAAUAUUAAUCUGUUCAAUCUUAAUCUGUUUAAGCUUAUUUAAUCUGAACUAUAUUAAAACUUUUAAACUUUUAAAACUUGUUCCAACCGUUCACUCGAUCAGUAUCUGUAUGUUGGUCUCCAUUUUCAAUUAAUUCUGUUCAGAACUCUUCUUCAAAAUGUCGGAAUGGUCAGGUGAGGUCAGUUUUUCCAAACUUUUUGACAGACCUGGUGAUUGAUGUUUUCAGUUUUUGGAAUUCCCGGAAGCAGAAAGAGAAAGGUUGGAGAAUUCGGCGUCACGCGUGAAAUUGAUGCACAGCAUUGUGGCUUCAACGGAGGUGAGAAAACGUAGACUCGAAUUAAGUAUCAUGCGUCAUGCUACCUCACGCAACAUAGGAAAGGAGUUGGAAUGCUGUAAGAAGGUAACUAAUAUACAUGAAUAUCUGUUAGAAGUUAGUAUUAAUUACUCAGGAAAUUGCUGUGGACACAGAAAGAAAGCGACUGUUGGAAAAGAGUUUGUGGCUCCUCAAGGUAUUUCACUUUUUUGUUUUGUUCUUUUGCUCGCAAAAAAGAGGAGUUAAUUUCAGAUAUCGACUGACGCAACGAAAGAAAAGAUUGAAGACACCAAGAAAUGCAUCGAUUCACACAUCGCGGAGAAACAGAUGUUCACCGAACUCCGAGACCAACACGUAGUCGAGGGGGAAAAGAAAAGACUCAUGCUGUUGAACCUGGAGCGUAGUGUCAAAGCAAAAGAGAUCAUGCAACCAGCGAAAUGGAUGGAAGAGGGCGUAAACAACACCGCAGACGGUCUCUGCAAAGGCUGCGGAGCCUAUAAAAAUGUAGGCAUUCAUUUCUUAUAAUAGUUUCUAGAAAAUGCUCACUUUUCAGGCAUUGGGUGUGUUGACUAGCAUGGAAGACAGAAUUGCUAGGCAUGAUCUAGCGACGAAACCAUUUUUUUAAAACAUCUGAAUGAUAAAAAUUUUGUUGAUGACUCUUAUUUGUUUUCUAUACUUUUUGUGGUAUUCGUCCACAUUUUUUAAUAUUAUCUGUCUAUCUAUUACAAUUAUAAUUGAAUAGGGAAUUGAGGAAGAUGUCGGGCGUCUCCAACGAAAGUCAGGAACGUUUGAGCCGGUACAAUGAGGAGCUUGAUUUGCUCAACCAGCGUAAAGAUGAACUUCGCAGAGAGAUGAACACACUGUCGACAACAGUGAACGAGAUCGAGAAGGAACAGGAUUCAUGCCGCUCGGAACUGUCGAAACUCGCGAAGGUAUGGCUCUCAGUGUUUAUUCUUUUUUGAAAAAAUUUCUUUUUUAGGAGUCGACGACCCUUCGAUCAAUCGCCUUCGAGGCCGAAACAAGAGUCCGUCGGGAGGAAGAGGAGCUGCGCCGUCUCCUCGCGACAAAGACAAGGUUCGAGGGAUAUAAAAAAACCUCGAUAGAGGAGUUGGUCGCUCGCAAGGUGGAGUGCCACCAGGCCGAAAAAAUUCUCCAUCAAAGGAGAAAAGAGAUCGAAAAAAUGAAGACGGAAGAAGAAACACUCACGGCGAUCACAAGGACGGAAGGGAAGAAAAGUUUUGCAUGCGACGGAUGCGCAUCAUGUGUGCAGCUCAAAACGGUACAAUUGCAUAGAUUUUCUUUAAUUCAUUUUUGUUCCUCAGGAGUUUGAGACUCGCAUGGCGAAAAUGAUGGAGUCGGCGACAAAUCUGCUCCACCGAUACACCUGCCCGGUCUGCCUCGAACUCUACGAGGAUGUGAGUCUGUUCCCUCAGACCUUGCGUACGUUUUCACAUAAAAAUUGCAUUCGCUUACCUUUAAUUUUCAGCGUGCGGCCACACCGUUUGUAACAGAUGUAGGGGACAUCUGAAGUCGGAACGAAUCGGUCUGGACCGAUACAGCACAUGCCCGGUCUGUCGACAGCCCUUCAACGUCGACAGACCAUAUCCAGCACAAGAUCUGCUGACAAACAGUCCAUCGUUCAUCCACUUCAAGUAG